GCGAUUUGGAUUUUGGUUUAUAAAGCCAUUAAAAAAUUCCAGUUUUGGGACUUGAAUUUCUCCUGACAUCCUUCUCUACCUCUCUCUCUGCAACUCCACUCGAUCUCCAUGGCGACUUCUUGCACUUCGGUGACUGGUGGAUCUUAUUUCAAGACUUGUGAACUCCAGUCAACGAAGCUCAGUUCUUUAGGGCACCCACCUAGAGUGGCAUAUCAAAAGAAAUUGAAUCAGUCUGGAUCCAAUCGUAGAUUAUCUGUUCGUGCAGAAUACAAUGAUGGUGGUAGAGGUGGUGGCGGUGAUUUUAUUGCUGGGUUCCUUCUAGGAGGUGCUGUGUUUGGAACAGUGGCAUAUAUCUUCGCUCCGCAGAUUAGGAGAGCUGUUCUAAAUGAAGAUGAAUAUGGAUUCCGGAAGGCUAGGCGACCAAUAUAUUAUGAUGACGGCCUCGAGAAGACCAGGCAGACCUUGAAUACAAAAAUAAGCCAACUCAAUUCAGCCAUUGACAACGUCUCAUCAAGGUUGAGAGGUGGAAAUAAUGCUGUCAAGGAACCAAUGGAAAACGAUGAAGAAGUUGAGGCUACCAUGUAGAAGCUUGGUACUGUCAACUCCUAUAUGUUGUCUCAAUUUCAGCAGUUUGAAAUCUACAUUAUAAUGUUUGAUUAGAUAUUUUUGCUAGGAAAUUGAUUUCUGCA